CGAUUUGCACAGACCAUGAUUUAUGCAGUAGAAGAAAUAAACAAAAGUGACUUUCUUCUUCCCAAUGUUUCUAUCGGAUACCGUAUUUAUGACAAUUGUGGCUCAACGUUAUCCUCGAUGCGUGCAGUGAUGGCCCUGAUGAAUGGCGAUGAGUGGACUGCAGGAAAGAGCUGCUCUGGUCAAUCAGCUGUUCAUGCCAUUAUCGGGGAGUCUGAAACGUCUUCAUCCAUUGUUCUGACACGCACUACAGGACCAUUCAGAAUACCAGUGAUAAGUCAUUCAGCUACUUGUGAGUGUUUGAGCAACAGGAAGGAAUAUCCCUCUUUCUUUCGAACCGUUGCCAGUGAUCUCUACCAGAGCCAAGCCCUCGCCCAGCUGUUAAAACACUUUGGCUGGACCUGGGUUGGUGCAGUGCACAGUGACAGUGACUAUGGUAACAACGGCAUGGCUAUUUUCCUUGCUGCAGCUCAAGUGGAAGGUGUGUGUGUGGAGUAUACAGAGAAAUUUCACAGAGCUGAACCAGGAAAACUGAAGAAAGUGAUAGAUGUGAUCCGCAAGAGCACUGCUCGGGUCAUUGUGGCUUUCCUGGCCCAUGUAGAGAUGAACAUUUUUCUAGAGUAUUUUAGUCUGCACAACAUCACAGGCCUGCAGUUCAUCGGUGUGGAGGCCUGGUCCACUGCUGACAGCCUUGUGACUCCUACCAGCUUUAGUGUGCUGGGAGGUUCACUGGGGUUUGCUGUGCAAAAGGCCAAUAUCAGUGGCCUGGAUGAUUUCUUAAUCAGAGAUUUCUGGGAGAGAGAGUUUAAGUGUGAUGAGAGAAAUGACAGCAUGACAGAAACAGCUUCAUGCAAAGAAAACCAUGAUCUACUUGAUCUGAAAAAUUAUGAUGAUGAUGUGACAGAAAUGAGAUUCUCCAGUAAUGUCUACAAAGCCAUCUAUGCUGUAGCUUACUCUGUGCACAGCAUACUGAAGUGCUCAAGCAGUCAGGGAUGUGACAAGACUGUGAAGGUUACACCCUGGCAGGUUUUAGAGUCUCUAAAGACAGUGAACUUCACGAUUAAGAAUGGGGACCAGGUGUGGUUUGACAGCACCGGAGGAGUUGUGGCCCGGUAUGAUGUGGUGAACUGGCAGCGUGGAUCAGACGGGACUGUCCACUUCAAACCUGUGGGCUACUACGAUGCUUCCCUGCCUCCAGGACAGAAGUUUGUCCUUGAGACUGAGGACAUAAUUUGGUCUGGAGGAAAGACAGAGUUGCCUGUGUCAGUGUGCAGUGAGAGCUGUCGUCCAGGAACCCGUAAAGUGCUUCAGAAAGGAAAGCCUGUCUGCUGCUAUGACUGUAUACCAUGUGCAGAGGGAGAAAUCAGCAACAGCACAGAUUCUAAUGGAUGCAAAAAGUGUCCUGAAGAGUAUUGGUCCAAUCAAAACAGAGAUGCAUGUGUUCUGAAAAAUGUGGAGUUCCUCUCCUUCACAGAGGUUAUGGGUAAAAUAUUUGUAUUUUUCACUUUGUUUGGUUUACUGCUUACCUUAAUUGUGGCCACUCUAUUCUUGAUCAAUAAGGACACUCCCUUGGUAAAGGCCAACAACUCUGAGCUGAGCUUCCUGCUGCUCUUCUCCUUGACUCUGUGUUUCCUGUGCUCUCUGACCUUCAUCGGCCGGCCCUCUGAGUGGUCCUGCAUGCUGAGACACACAGCAUUCGGCAUCACCUUUGUCCUGUGUCUCUCUUGUGUUCUGGGGAAAACUAUAGUGGUGUUAAUGGCCUUCAGGGCCACACUCCCAGGCAGUAAUGUGAUGAAAUGGUUUGGACCUGCACAGCAGAGACUCAGUGUUCUGGCUUUCACUCUCAUACAGGUUUUGAUUUGUAUACUUUGGCUGACAAUCAACCCUCCUUUUCCCUCCAAAAAUAUGAACCACUACAAAGAGAAGAUCAUACUUGAGUGUGCCUUAGGCUCAGCUGUAGGCUUCUGGGCUGUGUUAGGAUACAUAGGGCUCCUGGCUGCCCUGUGUUUCAUCCUUGCUUUUUUGGCUCGAAAGCUGCCUGAUAAUUUCAAUGAAGCCAAAUUUAUCACCUUCAGCAUGUUGAUAUUCUGUGCAGUGUGGAUCACCUUUAUCCCAGCUUAUGUCAGCUCUCCUGGGAAGUUCACUGUGGCUGUGGAGAUAUUUGCUAUCUUAGCCUCCAGUUAUGGGCUACUUUUCUGUAUAUUUGCUCCAAAAUGCUUUAUUAUUGUUUUCAAACCUGAACUGAACACAAAGAAACAUCUGAUGGGGAAAACAUGAUCAUGAUGAACACGAUUAAAUCUAGAUAUCAGAGUGAAGGAAGGGACAGUAUAUCAUUUCACAGCUUGUAGCUUGGCCUAACUUUUGAUGUGACC